CGAGAGAAUAGCCGAGAGUGAGGCAUUGAGGUCGUCGUGUGCAGCUAGAAAUAUUGCUGAAUUGGAUGGGAAGGAGACGUAAUACAGGGUUUGGGUCGAGAUCGUUUGUAGACUGAUCGGUCCUGACCAGCCACUGCUUGCACCACCACCAUCCAUCUGCUACUUAUUGAUCAUAACCGUCCACGAACCAUCGGCCUGCAUUGCAGGACGUCUGUGUGCCUUCAAUGGCUUUCUUCGGAUUUGAACCGAUUGAUCUAGAAGAGGAGAAACGCAAGUUCCUACAGGAAGGCGGUGGAGGCGACGGAGGCAAGGCGACGGAGGAUAUCCCUGUUUAUACGUGGGGAGAAGAGGCAUAUGACGGCCUUGGGAACCAGCUGCAGGAGGGCGGUGAUGAGCUGAACGACGAGACCUUUGGUGGGACAGACGAAGUGGGGAAGGAUUUUGAUUUUUCGCAUGCCGCUCUACCCACGCAAGGGCUUCCACCACUGCCAGAAGUGAAGCGAGAAGUUCAACAGGCGAAGGUCCAGCCAUUGGAGCCCCCGUCACUACAAGCUGCCCAGCAAUCUGCACCACCUCGCGCAAGCCAUUUUCUCGAGUCUGUCUGGGAUGACAAGUCUCCGUUCUCAGUCUUGCCGCGGUCUAACGGUGCAUCCCGGCCGUCGGACCAGAUCCUGUCUCACUCCCGGUCCCAGCCUCCUCAGCCUUCCAAGUUCUCGCCUUUUGGCCCAGCCGUGAAUGAGGGAAUGCUUUCGCAUCAAACUCUUGGGAGCAUCGGCACCAAUUUACACAAAGGAGUUCAUACUCUGGAGGAGAUCGAGGCAGACAUGCGCGCUGCUGCUGCUGCUGCUCAACAUCAGCAGCAACAGCAGCCGAUCGCGCAGUCUCAUUUGCUCACUGAAAACCUUGUGCGAAGCCAGAUACCACGUCAAGGUACACCUCAACAUGUUGCGACUCCUCCACCUCGCAUGCAUCCGCACUCGCAAUCUCCUCGUUUCCAUCAGCAGCAACAGCAGCAUCAAAUACAGAUGAUUCAGUUGCAGCAACAGCAGCAACAGCAGCGGCAGCUACUUGAGCUUCAGGAACAGCGUGAACGCCAACAGCAGCAGCAAUUACUGCAGCUACAGGAGCAGUUGCGUCUUGAGGAAAUUGACCGGCAGCGCGCGAUACGUCUGCAGCAGAUGCAGUCGGCAAAUCGUGCACAACAACUUAUGCAUCAACGGCAUACCUCCGGUGGCGGUCUCAGCCCUGCAUUGAGCGAUCGGCAACAACGACUAGGACGGUCGUCCCCUGCACAGGCGCUGCUGCAUAACCAGACAUCGCUUGAAGUACCCUUCCAGCAGAGCUUGCCCUACCUGCCUCAGGACGUUCAGCUGCAGCAACGACUUCUGGCGGAGAUGGCUCAGCAGGAGUUCAUCAAUAACAUGCAGGGUGGUCCUCGGUCCGAGCGCGAGGCGAGGGAGGAGCGUGAGAUGCAGGAGCUGCUGCGGGCGGAGGCCAUGCGCAAGAUCAUGGAAGCGGAGAAGAUGGAAGAGAAAAGGAGAAAGAAGCAGGCCAAAAUUCAAUACAUGUCGCGGUAUAACGACCUGAUGACUCAAUCAGACAAAGACUUUAUCACGCGCAUACAGGUGUCUCAGCUCGUCACUCAAGAUCCGUACUCGGAAGACUACUAUGCUCAGGUUUACGGUGCUCUCUUGCGCUCCCGGCUGGGUGUACAAACCCAGGACGACCGCGUGCUGAAGUUUGGCUCAAUUGGAGGUGUAGGUUUGGGUCUCGGUCAACAGAAGGGGCAGGGACGGCGUCAAAGCGCCAUGCAGCGCAUGGAGGCGCAGGUCGAGCGCAUCGUCAACAACGCGAGGCUGAGGGAGAAGGAGAGGAUAUCUCUGAACAGUCUCCAGGGCGCGUUGGGAAAGACAUCUGGUCGGAGCUACAAGGCCGCUCCCCGCCAACUUCUUCAAGUCGAAUCUACCUUGCCAACCACCUCACCAGCGCAUGCUCACAUAUCUAAAGCGGAUGCUGCGUCUCGUCAGAUUGGAGCGGAUGCUGCAAAGCAGGCUGCGAAGAUCGGACGCGAGGUGCUCGGUGGACAUACAGAUCUCACUCAGAUUGUUCGCAAGGAUCCACUGACGUAUAGAGAGAGCCUCAUCAUCAUCGAGCAUGUGUACGACAUCCUCAUGGAGCUGGAACAGAUAAGCAGGGAACAGCCUCCUCCCGAAGAGGAAGAAAGGCUGAAAGCAUGGACCGCUGACUACAACGCACACGUCCAAGAACUGUUUGAAGGCUUGAAGCUGCCCGUCACCCUUGAAACAAGCACCCCGCAUCCGUUCAUUUCGGUCAUCACGCCCAUCAAGGGCAAACGCCUUCUGUCCCGUGUCGCACGCUACUUUAAUUCUCAGCAAAUGUUGCAAGUCCUCAUUCUGCUCGUUGCGUGUUUCUGGCAGUUGGAUGUUGUGCUCAAGGCUUCCGUUCUGGACACGCUUGAAGAAUCCGAAGAGCGUGCAGAAGUCGAUGCGCAGACACAAGCGUUUCUCGUGAACGUCAUACAAAGCAUCCUACCUACCGUUGCGAGGACCGACUUGCAUCUCGUUAGUGGACUCUUCGAACUGCUCAUCAGUGGCAACACCGCAGUUGCGGUAACUCGUACGAAGCCUGGCCUUGCUUUGCUGACGCUAUUCUUGAGCCGCGUAGAGGUUAUCAAACAAAAUAUGGCCACUGCCACGGACUUAGCAGAAUUGCCGUCGCUAGAAGAGACGGAGUAUUGGGAGGAACUAUUCAACCAAUUCUUCAACGCCCUGGCAUCGCACUUCCUCGCCCUCUUUCCUUCAUACCGGAUUAGCGCCAUUUCCGGGGUUUCCCUCGCAAGCAUCCCUAACACUGAUAUCCUCGACCAGCCCACUUGGCAGUUUUUGGCUUCUAUGGCGUUGCACUGUUCACCCGAGCAGCACCACAUCUUAGUAACGAUACUCCGAGAUACGAUAUUGGAAAACGUAGCUACCGCCACUAAAGGCUGGGUAGCAGAUGAGGAGGAGCGGAGGACGCGACUGGCGAACGUCAACAUUUUCUUGCGUGCUCUUGGUCUGGAUAUCUCACAGAUUACUAUAUAAAGUAGACUGCAACCGCCUUACAGAGAUAGCUACAGGUUCAGAAAGCUGUAUAGUUUAUUAUUGGCCAGUGCUCCCUUCGCGGAACUUAUGAUGGAAUAGCUGGUCGCUGUCACAAAGCAAAUCCC